AGCCUUUGAGCGCCAAGUUCGGGGUUCGGGGUUGGCUGGGUGGUUCAGGCUGUGAGCGCGUGGCGGGUGCGAGGCGGGUGCGAGUCGGCUGUUCCGGGCGUCCGGGACUUUGGUCGGACCCGCGGCAACGUGGGAGCGAGGCGCCGCUGAAAACGUGCGCGGGAUCCAUUCCGGUAGGCAACUUUGAACCAGUGCCAUGGCGACUUCAGUCAACGGGGCCCACCAGGAGGCGGACCUGUGGUCCUCACAUGCUAAGAUGCUGGUAGAGCCUCUCAAGGACAGUGACACCGAGGUUUACAACAUCAUCAAGAAUGAAAGUAACCGGCAGAGGGUUGGACUGGAGCUGAUCGCCUCAGAGAACUUCACCAGCCGUGCGGUUUUGGAGGCCCUAGGCUCUUGUUUAAACAACAAAUACUCUGAGGGGUACCCGGGCCAGAGAUACUACGGAGGGACUGAGUUUAUCGAUGAGCUAGAAACACUCUGUCAGAAGCGUGCACUGCAGGCCUAUAAUCUGGACCCACAGAGCUGGGGAGUCAACGUCCAGCCCUACUCAGGCUCCCCUGCUAACUUUGCAGUGUACACUGCCUUGGUGGAACCCCAUGGGCGCAUCAUGGGCCUGGACCUGCCUGAUGGGGGCCAUCUGACCCACGGUUUCAUGACAGACAAGAAGAAAAUCUCUGCCACGUCCAUCUUCUUUGAAUCUAUGCCUUAUAAGGUGAACCCAGAUACUGGCUACAUCAACUAUGACCAGCUGGAGGAAAAUGCCCGCCUCUUCCACCCAAAGCUGAUCAUCGCAGGAACCAGUUGCUACUCCCGAAAUCUGGACUAUGCACGUUUGCGGAAGAUUGCAGAUGAGAAUGGAGCAUACCUCAUGGCAGACAUGGCACACAUCAGUGGACUCGUGGCGGCUGGUGUGGUGCCCUCUCCUUUUGAACAUUGCCAUGUGGUGACCACCACAACUCACAAGACCUUGAGAGGCUGCCGAGCCGGCAUGAUCUUCUACAGGAGAGGAGUGCACAGCGUGGAUCCCAAGACUGGCAAGGACAUUCUGUACAAUCUGGAGUCACUCAUCAAUUCUGCUGUGUUCCCAGGCCUGCAGGGAGGGCCGCACAACCAUGCCAUUGCUGGGGUUGCUGUGGCCUUGAAGCAGACCAUGACUCCGGAAUUUAAAGUUUAUCAGCACCAGGUGGUGGCCAACUGCAGGGCUCUAUCUGAGGCCCUGAAGGAGCUGGGCUACAAAAUCGUCACAGGGGGUUCUGACAACCACUUGAUCCUUGUGGAUCUCCGUUCCAAAGGCACAGAUGGUUGGAGGGCUGAGAAGGUGCUAGAAGCCUGUUCCAUUGCCUGCAACAAGAACACCUGCCCAGGUGACAGAAGUGCCCUGCGGCCCAGCGGACUGCGACUAGGGACCCCAGCACUGACAUCCCGAGGACUUUUGGAAAAAGAUUUUCAAAAAGUAGCCCACUUUAUUCAUAGAGGGAUAGAGCUGACUCUGCAGAUCCAGGACACUGUCGGGGUGAGGGCCAGUCUGAAGGAGUUUAAGGAGAGCCUGGCAGGGGACAUGCACCAGGGCGCCGUGCAGGCUCUCCGGGAGGAAGUGGAGAGCUUUGCUUCGGUCUUCCCUCUGCCUGGCCUGCCCGACUUCUGAUGGAGCCACCUGCUCUGCACCUGCACAGUGCUAUCCAGGAAGCAGCCUGCUGGAGGACCCAGGCUCCUGCACAGAAGAGCUGCCCCAUGGGGACCUGCUAGUUUCUUUGUGUGCCCUUUGAGGGACUUUCUUUUGAACUUUUUCAUGUUUCUUCACAAACCAAAAUUUAAGUUCCCUUCUGAGUAAUUCUGGUACAGGUUAUUAAUGAAUUCAAAUUU